UCGCCGCCGGUCGUCACCAGCACAGCACAAAACUGGGUCCCUAGUCCUCCCCUCCCCGCGCGUUCAGGCUCGGCCCUCUCCCACCAGACGCCCUCACACCGACUCCCGAUGGCGCCCCUCUCCUGCCGCGACCUCCCCGCUCGGCUCCCGGCGCUCCCCCGGCGCGCCACCGCCCACGCACAGCUCUCCUUCCUGCGCGCUCCGGCCCCUCGCCGGCCACUCAUCACCUCCACCGCAAGCACGAGCGCGGGCACGCUGCGGCUCCCUCUGGCGGCCACGAGGGACGAGGAGGUCGUCGCCUCCCCCGUCGGCCACCUCGAGCCGCACGACGUCGCGCACGGCCAUCAGUACCGCGACGACGUCCAGCAGGAAGAGGAGGAGGAGGAGGACGACGACGACGCUCGGCGGCGCGGCGCGAGGAAGCAGCAGGAGGAGCUGCCGGCGCGGUGGCGCGAGAUCCACGGGCGCGACGACUGGGCGGGUCUCCUGGACCCGAUGGACCCGCUGCUGCGCUCGGAGCUGAUCCGGUACGGCGAGCUGGCGCAGGCCUGCUACGACGCGUUCGACUACGACCCCUACUCCCGCUACUGCGGCAGCUGCAAGUACCCGCGGCGGGAGCUGUUCGAGCGGCUGGGCAUGGCGGGCGCGGCGCGGGGGUACGCCGUGUCCCGGUACCUGUACGCGACGUCCAACUUCCGGUUCCCGGCCUUCUUCCCGCAGUCGCGCGCGGGCGCCAAGAUCUGGAGCCAGAGCGCCAACUGGAUCGGGUACGUGGCCGUGUCGACGGACGAGGAGAGCGCGCGGCUGGGGCGGCGCGACGUCGCCAUCGCGUGGCGCGGCACGGUGACGCGGCUGGAGUGGGUGUCGGACCUCAUGGACUUCCUCCGGCCCGUGGCGGCGGAGGGCAUCCCGUGCCCGGACCCGGACGUGAAGGUGCUGGCCGGCUUCGCGGACCUGUACACGGACAGGGACCCCACCUGCCGCUUCUGCAAGUACUCGGCGCGGGAGCAGGUCCUGACGGAGGUCCGGCGGCUCGUCGGGCGCUACGCCGCGCGGGGCGAGGAGGUGAGCAUCACGGUGACGGGGCACAGCCUCGGCAGCGCCCUGGCCAUGCUGAGCGCCUACGACAUCGCCGAGUCCGGCGCGAACGUGGCCGCCGGGCAGGCGGCGCCGGUGUGCGUGUACUCGUUCGCGGGGCCCCGGGUGGGGAACGCGGCGUUCCGGCGGCGGUUCGAGUCGGAGCUCGGGGUGAAGGCGCUGCGGGUGGUGAACGUGCACGAUAACGUGACGCGGAUGCCGGGGAUCCUGGUGAACGAGGGCGCGCCGGAGGCGGUGCGGCGCGUGGCGGAGCGGCUGCUGCGGGUGCCCUGGUGCUACUCCCACGUCGGCGUGGAGCUGGCGCUCGACCACAAGCGCUCGCCGUUCCUCAAGGACACGCUGGACCCGGCGUGCUACCACGACCUCGAGGCGCACCUCCACCUCAUCGACGGGUACCACGGGCGCGGGGAGCGAUUCGUGCUGGCGAUCGGGCGCGACCCGGCGCUGGUGAACAAGGCGUGCGACUUCCUCAAGGACCACCACGGCGUGCCCCCCUGCUGGCGCCAGGACGAGAACAAGGGCAUGGUGCGCGCCCGCGACGGGCGCUGGGUGCAGCCCGACCGCCACGGCUGGCACCUCGACGACCACGACCACGACCACGACGACCCGCACCACCACCACCACCACCACCACCGCGGCCAUCGAAGCGAAGGCCACGGCGGUGGCACGGACGGUGCCCGGCGGUAACCACCACGAUCAUCAAGUCUCCCCGGUUUGUCCGUGUGCGCACUGUGUGAUACUAGGGCUGGCUAGCGAGCGGCGGAGCUGCAGGGGGAGAGGGAUUGAACGGGCAUUUGUGUUGAGAGGUUGUGUAGAGAGAAUCCAUGCAUGCGUGGACCAUGGAUAUAAUAGAAAACCUGUGUGUCAAUGUCAAUUGUGGACUACUUUGUGUGUUUGGAUGUGGAUCCCACGUCUAGACACAGUUGUGUGUUUGCAUGUGGAUCCCACAUCUAGAAAUAGUGGCGGAGGAUAGAUUAAAGCUAAAGUUUGGCAUCUGUAUAUACUACGCUUGUUUCAUAGUGGAAGAGUGGGAAAAAAAUGCUGAAGAAAGCCAGCAUAUG